AUGACUUGGCAUGAUGUUAUAACUGUGGGCACCAAAUACCUUCGAAGAUUACAUAGACUGCCUGUGAUAUUACUUAAACAACCCAGAUCAUUCCUGCUUCCAAGAUACUUUGUACCAUAUCCUCGUAUCUGUUCAAAUUUCGGACGAUUAACCAAAUAUAUUGGCAAUCAUUCACAAGCCAACUCAUUGGUUAGAGCAGUAUAUAGAAAGAUUAUUAGUAGUAGUACUCAACAACGACCAAACUCAUUACUAAGAGUAUAUAGAGGUUUCGCUGGAUCCGUUCAAUUGAGGCAUUACGUGUCUAACAGACAUGAUUAUUCUUUUCACCCGAUCAACAAGAUUUGUAAACCAAAACAUGAAUCUUGGUUUUCAAGUAUCUUUGGCACAAACAAAUAUCAAAUAUUGCCUAAUUUGUGUACAAGUUCCGCGGACUCAAUAAACCCGAAAGAGUUUAUAGCGGCAGGAUGUAACAGUGCUGUAUGGGCAGCUGAAGUUCGUCAACAAUAUCCAAAUGAUAAUGAAUUCAUUGAUAAAUUAGCUGUGAAAGUACUGUAUAACUAUUACGCGAAUUCAUCUUAUGAUGAACAAGCUAAUUUAAACAAUGAUUAUAAUUCAUUACAAAAUAUUCCUGAUAAUUGGGUAUUAUUACAUCGUCAAAUUCAAAGAGAAUGUGAACUUCGUCCUCAAACUAAUCAUCCUAAUAUUGUUCCAUUAGUUGGACAUUUUAUUGAUCGUGCACCUCAAGUCAAUUCAGUAAAUAAUUCACAUCUUCAUAAUGAUAAUUAUAAUGAAUCUAAUAAUGAUUUAUCUUCUGGUCAAUUUAACCAUAGAACUAUUCAAUCAAAAUGUUGGCCUGGUAUAGAAUACUUUUCAGAAGGCUUCGACAAUCGACCGUAUACAUUCUACAUGUUGAUGCCAAGAUUUGAAGCAACUUUGGAUGAUCUCUUACGAGGAAAUUUAAAAUGUAAGUUCGAACAAUCACCAGCUGAAAUAAAUCACGAAGGUAUUAUUAAAUCUAAGCAAACUCAGAGUGAUAAUACUAAUCUUGCACAUAUUAAUCAAUAUCAAGAAACAAAUGUUUCUAAUACUUUCACACCAUCUUUUCAAUUACAUACUGAUUUACAUUACUUGUUUAAUUCAAGCCUAUUGAAUUCUGCAUAUAUUAAACAUGGUGAAAUGUAUCUUCCUGUAGAAGAAAUUGUAGCUAUAAUUGCUCAAUUAUUUGAAGCAGUUGCUGAACUUGAAGCGCAUGGUAUUGCUCAUAGAGAUAUCAAACCAAAUAAUAUACUUAUACGUCGACGUGUUCCAUUUUUUAAUACUAAUCAAACAUCUGAUAUAAACAAUGCUACUUAUAAUACUUUUGUUCAGUUCCAUCUAAAUUGGUUAAAUGACAAAAGAUUACAAAUGAUUAAUUCACAUUUUCAUGUUGCAUUAACUGAUUUCGGAUGUGCUAUUCGAACUGGACAUCAUCAUAUUAAUGAUAAUAAUAAUAAUAAUAAUAAUAAUAAUAAUAGUAAUAUAGAAGAAGAGUAUCUUAAUCAUAGUGGGAAUUUGGCAUUAUUAGCUCCAGAAAUAGCACAGAUCAUUUAUUCACUUAAAGAUAAUUCAAACAAUUUACACAAUAUUAUAACUAAUAAAGAUUAUAAACAUUCAGAUUUAUGGGCUAUUGCUACAUUAAUUUAUCCUUUGUUUGGAAUACCUAAUCCAUUUAUUGAUGGAACAUUUUCUUCAGUAAACUAUACGGAGGAUUCUUUGCCUGAACUUCCUCAUGAAGCACCAAAAAUAAUGACAUGGAUUUUACAUCAAUGUCUUAAACGUAAUCCAUCAGAAAGACCUAAUGCUGAUGAAAUUGCAGAUAUUUUGCAUACUUGGUGUCUUAUUCGACAUUUUCACAGUAGACAAGAAGUUGAUAUUUUAAAAGAUUUUUCGCAAUAUCCAAUGAAUUCUGCAACCAUAAAUAUUGAUUCUUUGACUGCAGAAUUUAAAAACUCAAUAAAAUCCCAUAAAAUACAAAGUAAUAAGCUCAUCAACCGUUUAUGUGAUCUCCUAAAUGUAUGUUGGGCAGGUGAUUGGUUAUCUGGAGCCGCUCGCCCUCCAAAUGGUAUACGCUCUUUGUUUUAUUCACGAGCUACUCCUGGACGUUUGGCGCUUUGUUUAAAUAUCGUAUAUCAAUUGGAGUGUUUCGGUGUCCAACAUGUGUUGAAUUCCUCUCCUAACUACCAAUAUUAGUAGUCUGACAUCUCGAAAAUUAAUUUUAAAAACCCAGAUCACGUAUUUUUU